AUGACUUUGACCGCAUGGAAUACAUUGCCUAUUUCAACGGUGGAUGUGAUUAAUUUACUAAAUACUGAUUUUAACAUGUAUACGACCGAACCAUUGUUACCAGAGGAAUGGGUGAAAUUUCAUCGAAUCCUAGUUGGUAAUCGGAAAAGACAGAAACCAUAUGAAGUGAAAUCACGUGAAUUGUGCCCAAAAAUGCAGAAUAUUCCUAAAGACAGUUUUCGAACGAUGCGUGAUAAUACACAGCGUGCACCAUUAUCAAUAGUGAAUGUCAACCCCAAAUUGUCAUCAACCGGUUCAAGUGGAAGUAGAGUUCACGAUCAACGCCUUACGGGUUUGCAAAGAACGAUGGAUGGGAAAAGCCUCGAAAUACUCGAACUGCAUAUAAAAUACAGACAGGAUUUAGUUGAUUGUAAAGUUGAUGGACAACCUCCAGCUAAAUAUAUGUCACCAUUGAAAUGGAAUUACAAUCUGGCUGCACAUGCACAAAAAUUGGCAAAAAAUUGCUCCUUUGAACACGAUAUACUUCAAUCGGAUGAAUUCGAUUGGGUUGGACAAAAUAUUGCUCUCCAUCCAACCAUUAAGUCUGGUAAUCGGAAAAGACAGAAACCAUAUGAAGUGAAAUCACGUGAAUUGUGCCCAAAAAUGCAGAAUAUUCCUAAAGACAGUUUUCGAACGAUGCGUGAUAAUACACAGCGUGCACCAUUAUCAAUAGUGAAUGUCAACCCCAAAUUGUCAUCAACCGGUUCAAGUGGAAGUAGAGUUCACGAUCAACGCCUUACGGGUUUGCAAAGAACGAUGGAUGGGAAAAGCCUCGAAAUACUCGAACUGCAUAUAAAAUACAGACAGGAUUUAGUUGAUUGUAAAGUUGAUGGACAACCUCCAGCUAAAUAUAUGUCACCAUUGAAAUGGAAUUACAAUCUGGCUGCACAUGCACAAAAAUUGGCAAAAAAUUGCUCCUUUGAACACGAUAUACUUCAAUCGGAUGAAUUCGAUUGGGUUGGACAAAAUAUUGCUCUCCAUCCAACCAUUAAGUCUGGUAAUCGGAAAAGACAGAAACCAUAUGAAGUGAAAUCACGUGAAUUGUGCCCAAAAAUGCAGAAUAUUCCUAAAGACAGUUUUCGAACGAUGCGUGAUAAUACACAGCGUGCACCAUUAUCAAUAGUGAAUGUCAACCCCAAAUUGUCAUCAACCGGUUCAAGUGGAAGUAGAGUUCACGAGCAACACCUAAACGGUCAACGUAUUCCUAUGAAUAAUUUGCAUCAUAAUGGUCGCAAUACACAGGUUAUAUGGAUAUCCGGAACGGGAAACCGACACGAAGUUUCUAAGAGCGUUUUUGGUGGGAGUGGCCUUGACAAUGUACAAGUAAACAUUGUUUUCUCACAACCAAAUGAUCCACAACUUCAAAAACUUCUACAAUAUCAUAAUGAUCUUAGACGUAAUUUAACAGAAUGUAAAUUUGAAGGACAACCUCCAGCGAAAUAUUUACCAGAUCUUAAAUGGGAUAAUGAACUAGCUUUAAAAGCUAAAGAUUUAGCAAAUGAAUGUUAUUUUCAUCAUAAUGAUGUGAAUUUACCACAUAAAUGGGAAUAUGUUGGUCAAAAUAUAGCAGGAUAUCAAACAAUUGAACAAGCAUUCGAUGCAUGGAAAGAUGAAUAUAAACAGUAUAGUUAUUAUUCAAUGAGUUGCUAUGGUGUUUGUGGACAUUAUACUCAAUUAGUAUGGCAAAAUACUACUCAUGUUGGUUGUGGUAUUACAAAUUGUACUGGAAAUUAUGGAUUUCCAUAUGGAUUAUCAGUUGUUUGUAAUUAUGGCCCAGGAGGAAACUAUGAAGGUCGUUAUCCUUACGAAGCAAAAUCACAGGAUGAGUGUUAUGCUGUAACUACAAAACGUCCUAAACCUACUAGACGUCCAGUUACUACUAAACGUCCGAAAACUACUAGACGUCCUAAAACUACUAGACCUCCAAUUACUACUAAACGUCCUAAAACUACUAGACGUCCUGAAACCAUACCAACUCGUAAACCAGGCAUGUCAAAACAAAUACCAAAACCAAACUGGCCUAUACUCAUCAGUUCAUGGAGUGGAUUUGCCAAUUCAAAUAUGCUACAUGGAAUAAUAACAAAAACAUGUAUUUGUAUUCAGUGA